UACACCCCACUGCCUCCAGUCACAGCUCAAGAUAAUCAGAAUCCAUGUUCAGAGUCAUCUGAUCUUGCAAAAACUGACAAAGUACCGCUAAUAAUCCACCACAAUUCAGAAACUAUACUGGAUUUUAAAAGGCAGCUUUAUUUUUCUGCCUUGUAUUUGAGGCAGAUUAAAUCAUUAAAAAGGAAGGGCUAUCAGGUCAUGAUUUGUAUGCUACAGCUGUCCAGUUAGAGUUGACAGACACUCUUUGCAUGGGCUGUUGACUGAUUAAAAGGCAGAGUAAGCCUCUGAGAGUCAUAAAUGGUAAAUGGAUGGGGGCGGGGGGGGGGGAUUGUGAUAAAGAAAAAUACAAAGACUGAUGGAGUAACUGACUAGGAAGAGUUUCACUUCUACUGAAGCCACAGAUACUAUCUAAAAAAAAAAAAAAAGAAAAGAAAAGAAAAAAAGGCACAAAAGAAACUGGAUGAACACACUACAGAUUUGAAGGAGGAAUCAGAAUAAAGUGUACGUUACUAUUCUAAUUCAGAAAGCUGGACUGAAUCUUCUGCCAGGUGGGGAACAAGCAAAGCAGAAUGACAGGCAGCUGGCUUUGGAUGCUGAGUUUCAUCUUGCCAAUAUAUGUUGCUCACGGAUGUCCUGAAAAAUGUACAUGCCACACAGUUUCAAAGACUGCAGACUGCAAGAAUAGAGGACUUAGAGAAAUUCCUGCCCACUUACCUCCUGGAAUUCAGAUACUACAGUUGCAGAACAACCAUAUUUGGAGAAUCAACGAAAAUGCAUUUACUGGAACACCAUUGCUCAAAAUAUUAGACUUAUCUAAUAAUUCUCUCUCAAGUUUGGCACCAGGUGCUUUUCAAAAAUUACGGUAUCUACAGGUUCUAAACCUAACCAGAAAUUUGAUUCAUUAUAUAGAAAACAAGACUUUCAGUUUCCUCCCACACCUCAAAGAACUGGACUUGUCAUCCAACAGCAUUAUACGUUUGCCUGAGACUUUUGGAAACAGUACAGGGAAUAUAACAUUGCUGUCUGUGAAACACAACAAACUCCAGAAAAUGGAAAGAGUUCUGCUGGAGUCACUUCCAAACCUGAAAGUUGUUCUUUUCAAAGAUAAUCCCUGGCAAUGUAACUGCAAUGUCUUUGGCCUGAAACUGUGGCUGGAAAGUUUUUUAUACAGAGGUGGCAAAACAGAAUCAUAGAGGAUCUUUGCAGAGAAUAAGUGUGGAUAUAUACAGUGUGCAUAUAUACAUUCUGAAAAUACAUGAGGAAUAAGUGAUGGCAUUAUCUGCUCAACACCAGGGAUUCGGAAGGGCAAGGACCUCCUCAAAGUUCCUUAUGAGCUGUUUGGGGCAUGCCCUCUUACAACAGCUUAUGUUCAUCUGACUAGCAUUCAUCACCAUAACUUCGAGCACCGAAGUUCUCUGAAGCAUGCUCAUCACAAUGAACACGCGGAAAACAGCUGGUCAAACUGUGAUCCCAAACCAAAGCCAAGGCCUGUUAGUUUGCGUCAUGCAAUUGCCACUGUAGUAAUAACCGGAGUUGUCUGUGGAAUUGUGUGUCUAAUGAUGUUGGCAGCUGCUGUUUAUGGUUGUGCCUAUGCUGCAAUUACUGCUAAAUACCACAGAGAACAUUUAGCCCCAGCAAGACAGCAUGGGACUCCUGAGGAAAAAGAGCCAUUCAAUAGUUCCUUGGCUUGAGUUACUUUUGUCUUUGGUUUCUCCAAAAUAAAGAGCCCUCACUUCAGUUAAAAAGACCAUAAUCUAAAUAGAAUUGAUUUAAUAGUUAUGACUGUUUUUCUUUCCCUUUUCACAUUGAAGAAAUUUUAUGUAUACAUGUAUAUUAAUUCCUUGGAAUAAAUAUAAAGACUUCAUGUAGCAGAAUGCAAAUGUAUCUGCAGUUUUUGCUGUAUAUUCUGAAGCCUCUAUGUAAGGUUGAGUGCU